AUGGCCGACGCUGAGGCGAGCGCCGCGAAUGUGGACGAAGCCAAACCUGACGCGAAGACUUUGCAGAUUCUGCGGGACAUGGCCAAUCGCCUGCGCAUCCAUUCCAUCAGGGCCACCUGCGCCUCGAGCUCUUCUGGCCACCCCACAUCAUGUAGCCAUGCUGCUGAGAUCAUGUCUGUGCUGUUCUUCCACGUGAUGAGGUAUAAACAAAAGGACCCAGAGAACCCAGACAAUGACCGUUUCGUCUUCUCUAAGAGACUCUCAUUUGUUGAUGUGGCAGCUGGAUGGCUGGGGCAAGGACUGGGGGCUGCAUGUGGGAUGGCGUAUACUGGCAAGUACUUUGACAAGGCCAGCUACCGGGUGUUCUGCCUCGUGGGAGAUGGUGAGUCCUCAGGAGGCUCCGUCUGGGAGGCCCUGGCCUUUGCAUCCCACUACAGUCUGGACAAUCUUGUGGCCAUCUUUGAUGUGAAUCGUCUGGCCCACAGCACCGCUUUGCCUCUCGAGCACUCCAUAGAUGUCUAUCAGAAGCGCUGCGAAGCCUUUGGGUGGAAUACUUUGGUGGUGGAUGGCCGUGACGUGGAGGCACUGUGCCAGGUGUUCUGGCAGGCAGCUCAAAUGAAGAACAAGCCCACUGCUGUGGUUGCCAAGACCUUCAAGGGCCAGGGCGUUCCAAGUGUUGAAGAUGAAGAAAAUUGGCAUGGAAAGCCAAUGCCCAAAGAAAGAGCAGAUGCAAUUAUCAAACUAAUUGCGAGCCGGAUAGAGACCAAUAAGAGUCUCAAACCAAAAGCCCCUGUUGAAGACUCACCUCAAGUCAACAUCUCAGAUAUAGAAAUGACGUCUCCACCUGAUUAUGAAGCCAGGGAUAUGAUAGCUACUCAGAAAGCAUGUGGUUUGGCUCUGGCCAAGCUGGGCCAUGCAAAUGACAGAGUUAUUGUGCUGGAUGGUGAUACCAAGAACUCCACCUUUUCUGACACAUUCAAGAGAGAACACCCUGAGCGCUUCAUCGAGUGUUUUACUGCUGAGCAAAACAUGGUGAGUGUGGCACUGGGAUGUGUCACCCAUGGUCGCACCGUGGCUUUUGCUUGCACCUUCGCUGCCUUUUGGAUCCGAGCAUUUGAUCAGAUCCGGAUGGGAGCCAUCUCGCAAACCAACAUCAAUCUUAUUGGGUCCCACUGUGGGGUGUCCGUAGGUGAAGACGGCCCCUCCCAGAUGGCCCUAGAGGACCUAGCCAUGUUCCGAGCCAUUCCGAACUGCAAGAUUUUCUAUCCAAGUGAUGCCAUCUCGACAGAGCAUGCUGUUUUCCUGGCAGCCAAUACCAAG